AUGUCCAACCCUACGACGACGACGGCGCCUGCCGCUGCUGCCGCCGCUGCUGCGAACCCGCCCAGCACGGACGACUCUGCGUCCACAAUCACCGUCAACACGAAGGCGCCGGCCAACUUCCCUCCACCAAAGACUGACAAGCCGCGGCCACACGUCUGCGCGACUUGCCAGCGCUCCUUUGCCCGCCUGGAGCACCUGAAGCGGCACGAGCGCUCGCACACCAAGGAGAAGCCCUUUGAGUGCCCUGAAUGUGCGCGAUGCUUCGCCCGCCGUGACCUGCUGCUCCGGCAUCAGCAGAAGCUGCACCAGACGACAACUCCGUCGUCCCGCCCUCGCAACCGCCGAGAGUCCGCCAGCGGCGUGGCUCCUGGCCAGAGCAGAGCUCGCAAGAAUAGCGUGGCUGGUACCACGGGUGGCGGUAACUCGGCCACCGGCUCCAUGCGGCCGAGGGCGAACACCAUCAGCCAUGUUGACGGCGCCGCCAUGCAAAUGAUUGCGUCUGCGAACGCCUCAGUCGCGCGAGGCAUGGCCGCGCACAGCCGUCACCCGAGCUUAGUUGGCUUGCCCGUCCACAACCUGGACCACAUCUUUGGUGGCAUGUCGGCGGCUCUGGGCCAGCGAGGGAUGCAGCACGGCCUGCCCAAGCUGGAGACGACGCAGAUGAACAGUAAUGACUUUGACAACGGGCUGCGGACCGCGCCACCCCUGGCCGCCUUCAACCCGGAGUUUGAUUUCGAGGGCAUGUUCUUCACGCCUGGGUCCACCAUCAACCCCAAUGCCCUUCAUUACAACGACUCUCCGCAGUCCAUGGCCUUGGAGCAGACGUCGCCGUUCGGGGCAAGCCUCAACGAUGUGGCCUCGAGCCAGCCCUUCGACGACGGUCUGGACUGGCUCACUGGCUUCGACCACCAAAUGUCCUUUCAUACCAGCGAGAACGUGGUCGACGGGUCAAGCCCGUCUGCGAUCAGCACGACGAGCCAGAGUGGGAUAAGCGAUGUGAUGUUGGAUGGAUCUAACCACCCUGCGCCGGCCGGGACGAGCACCAUGUGGCAACCCUCGGUUAUGGGACCUCCGCAGAUGCCGAACCCGUUUGCGAUGGAUCUGAAUGGUUCGGUCUUUCCUGACCUCCUCAAUGGAGCUCCUCUAUCACCUCAGCCAGCUACUCAAAAGAUCAAUGACCCGUACUUCUCCACGCCUCCGCCGUCACUGAGCUCGCUGAGCCCGUCUGCCGUGCCCGGGCUCAGCACGCAGAACCUGUCCCAGACCCUUGGCUUCAACGCCGGCCCGGAAAGUCCGUCAUCCCUCAACGGCGGGAACCACGGCGCGCCUCCUGUGACCACCAUCUCCGAUGCCACGCGGAUUGCCAUUGUGAACGCCCUCUCCCAGUGCCCGCCCUUCGGUGGCCGUAAAUACUCAUUCACGUCACAGACGUCGCCGCUGUCGCCUCAGGCCCAGCCCGGCACGAACACGGCCUCGGCCUCGGCUACGAACCUGCCCAGUACACAGGAUCUGCAGCGAUAUGUGCGAGCCUACCUGACCUAUUUCCACCCCCAUCUUCCUUUCUUGCACGUUGCUACGCUAUCCUUUGAUUUGUCCUCGUCUCUUAAUGGGCGUUCGCCUGGCGUAGGUGGCAGCGGCUGCCUGCUCCUGUCCAUGGCCGCCAUCGGCGCGCUCUUUGAGCUGGAGCACGCGCAGUCGAGGGAGCUUUUCGAAAUGUCCAAGAAGAUGAUUUUCUCCUACCUCGAAGAGCGACGGAAAUCGGACAUCCGCAAGGCCGACGCGCGCCGCAGCGCCCAUGGCGCCGACCCGAACCGUGCCGGAAGCGAGAGCCCUGCUUCCGUGCCGCUGUGGCUCAUCCAAGCCAUGCUGAUCAACAUCGUGUACGGUCACAACUGCGCGGACAAGACGGCCAGCGACAUCGCUUCGACACAUUGCGUCGCCUUGGUGAGCCUCGCCCAAGCCGCGGACCUGCUACGGCCCAACCGCGCCGACGCGUCAGCGAAGCAGGACGUUCAGAUGUCGGACGACUCGAGCUGGACGCGUCCGCCGGAACAGGAAGCACACCACCAGGAGUGGCUGCAGUGGAAGACGACGGAGGAGCGCAAGCGCACGCUCUACGCUGUCUUCAUCAUAUCGAGCCUCCUCAUGGCUGCGUACAACCACACACCAGCGUUGACCAAUUCAGAAAUCUUCCUCGACCUGCCCUGCGACGAGGAAUUUUACGCAGCCGAGUCCAGCGCGGCGUUCAUCGCCAAGGGUGGCGUCCAAGCCGCAAACCACAACCGAAUGACGUUUUACGACGCGCUGGGAGAGUUGCUGCGGACAAAUGAGCGACGACAGAAGCGGCUCGCGCUGAAAAAUAGUCAAAAGGCCAUGGGUGCUUCGGUUGACGAAGCAGAGCCCCCGUUGACUGAUUUGAAGCCGAGCACUCUGGGGUGCUUUGUGCUGAUCCUCGCCCUGCACAACUACAUAUGGGAGACUCGUCAGCGGCACCACAACCGGGUUUGGACGAGCGAGGAGACGGAGAAGAUGCAUAGACACAUUGAGCCUGCACUCAAGGCGUGGCAAGUGGCGUGGGCUAGCAAUCCCAACCACAGCGUGGAGCGGCCGAACCCGUUUGGCCAGGGGCCAAUAUCGGCGGACGCCAUCCCGCUCCUGGAUCUGGCGUACGUGCGUCUGUUCGUCAAUCUGUCGCACGCAAAGGAGAAGGUCUGGCAGCGAAACUGGGAGGGAAUGGCGGAGGAGCUUGCCCGUGGCGACGACGCGGCUCAGCAUGCUGACCUCUCCCCGACGGCGAACCCGGAUCCCCUCGGACCAGAGCUCGCAGACGCUGCGGCCGCAGACUCGGUAUUUAUCGACUCCCCAGCCAUGCCGGGCUCAUCUUUCGACAUGUCUCCUGGUCCCCAGCAGUUCGUCGGCAACGGGUUCACAGUGCCUAGUCGAGCGAUGUCGCUCCGAGAGAAGCACCUGCGAAAAGCCGCAUUUUAUGCCGCAGACUCCCUGGCCAUGUCGGACAAGCUGAACAACACCUUUGCCGAUUUCACAAGCCGAGAGCUCCCUUUGCAGUCAGCGUUGUGCGCGGUCGACUGCGCGCAGGUCCUGGCCGAGUGGGUAGCGACUUUGCAAGACCGUGUCGGGCGCUACCUGGGCAUCCUUGGGCAGGAUGCGGUUGACCUCGGACAGGUGCCAGCCAUUAUGCUUCUCGAAGAAGAGGACAUAAAGCUGCUGGAUAAGAUCCGCGAGGUGCUGGCGUCUGCGGAAAUGAAGCUUGCUCUUGAGAUGUCGUCGGGGGGCAUGAACGGCGUCGAGUCUGCGCUGCUGGGCGACGGGCACAGCGGCUACGCCACCAAGAUUCUCCGGGUGACGGCGGCCAUGAUGGACAAGGCGGCAGUGUGGCCGGUGACGCGACUCAUGGCCCAGUGCCUCGAGGCCCAUGCCAACCACACGCGGAUCAGAGCAGAAAAAUCCGUUUUGGCAGAUUAA